GUCUGUCAUCAUUUCCCUGCCCCCCUUUGCCCUCUCUAGCAUCUGAGAGAGGGCUUGUGAUGAUGUCACACAGGGACGUCUGGCCUGUAUAAAAGGGGGAGCCACUGUGAAAAUCUCUUAAUGAAGUUGCGAAGAGCCUGAGUUGAGCUGAGCUGUGCUGACUACUUCCCUCUCCAUAGAAACGGAUCAAGUGGGACUUGAAUUUUCUCCUUAGAAAACACAAAAACAGACAGGCUCACCCACAUCUCCUUCGGAUAGAUGAGAAGAUACAGGGAGAUAUCAUUUGAAAGCAGUGAACAGCUCCUCUUCUUCACAUUGGUUUGAUCACUGCGUCUUUUGACACUGCUAGCCCUGAGAGUGAAGAGUCUAGCUGACAUAUUGGGAAAACUUUGUAUUCAUUUUUUUCCCGAACCCAUGAAAAUCACGUUUUCUUUGUGUACAAUGAUGCGACAAGCAAGCAUCUCCUCUGUGGUGUUUCUAUCUUGCACUGUCAUGCUGGUGCAGGGUGGAUGCCCGCGGCAGUGCUCGUGCCCCACCUCACCGCCCUCAUGCCCACCAGGCGUCAGCUGGGUGACAGACUCCUGUGGCUGCUGUAAGGUGUGUGCCAGGCAGUACAACCAGGACUGCAGCCCUAGCCAGCCCUGUGACCACAUCAAGGGCCUGCACUGCCACCUAGGGUCUGGAGGAGAUCCGGAGACAGGACUGUGUCGAGCUGAGGCCAUGGGUCGUCCCUGUGAGCUGAACGGCCGGGUCUACCAACACGGGGAGGACUUCCAGCCCAGCUGCCAGCACCAGUGCAGCUGUAUGGACGGCGUGGUGGGCUGCAUGCCCCUGUGCCCACACCAGGUACCACUACCAGGUUGGCACUGCUCCCGGCCCCGGCUGGCCAGGCUGCCAGGACGCUGCUGCGAGGAGUGGCUUUGUGACGAUGACAACCAUAUCAAGGAGGACUCCAGAGAGGUUGACCACGCUCCACCUCCUUCCCCACCCCAGCACCCUGAUCUUACCAGCAAUGAGCUGCUCAUGGCUCCCACCCCAUGGGACUCAAGUGCUGGAGCGUCAUAUCAAGAGUGGAUCUCCUCCCCCCAGUCCCAUGCCUUACUUCCCUCAACCUGCUUCCUGCAAACCACUGAUUGGUCGCCUUGCUCAGCCACGUGUGGGAUGGGCGUGUCCAGCCGAGUAACCAGUAGCAACGCUGAGUGUCGGUUGGCCAGAGAGACACGACUGUGCCAGAUCCGGCAGUGUGAUCUUGCCCUCACCCCUUCUCCCAAGAAAGGGAAGAAGUGCCAACGCACAAUACGUCCUCGCAAACCUGUCCGGAUCAAGUUCAGCGGCUGCUCUACAGCGCGCCAGUAUCGUCCUCGUUCCUGUGGUUUGUGUGCCGACGGCAGCUGCUGCACUCCUUCUCUGACGCGCACGGUGAACCUUCACUUCCGCUGUCCCGGAGGCAGGCAGGACUUUACCCGUAGCGUCAUGUGGAUCCAGCGUUGCCGCUGCAGCCAGAGCUGUCAAAGUCAAGGGCUUGCCUCCCCGGGCUCUCUCAGUCUGCCUAACGACAUCCAUACCUUCUCCCACUGAGCCCCAUGUCUAAACACUAGCAUUUCUCGCCACAAGAACAUGCCCUUGACCUGACUCUGGCCCUCGACUCCAGGGUUCACCUUUUCCCUAAUCUCACUGUCACCUUCCCUCGUUCCAAAAACGUUUCCUGUUCCCUAACCCCAGGGUUUAUUGCUGCCGUAGCCUCUUUACCCCAGUCUGUGUUCCUUUACCCCAGGACUCCCCGCUGCCCUGUCUCCAGUCUGUAUUCCUUUACCCCAGGACUCCCCGCUGCCCUGUCUCCAGUCUGUGUUCCUUUACCCCAGGACUCCCCCCUGCCCUGUCUCCAGUCUGUGUUCCUUUACCCCAGGACUCCCCCCUGCACCUG